UCCGAACAGACCCCUUUUCGCGCGUGGCAUGGACGACGGACGGAUGGCCCACUUAUCCACAGCAGAAGCGGACUCCAAUUGGCAGAUAUCUGCAGGUAGACGUCUGGGGAGCACAUACAACACUGUCGCAGAGCCGUCAACGUCUACUCAGCAUCCACCACCACUGAGUAUCUAAACUCAGCCCUCCCACUCCCACUCAGACUUCCAUUUUCCCACGCCGCAUUUCCUUCUAACUGUCGUAACGCGUUUCGAAAUUGGAAACCAGAACGACAACAACCCGUCCAGUACAAUACCAGCAUUAGCCUCUGGCCGCCGUUGAUGACAAGAGUCGCCCCAGAACAGGCGGCUCAAGUAGCUGCGUCUCUCGCCCUCGCCCAGUCCGCCGCCGGCGGUUUGGAUGCGAAUACCGCGUCCACCUUACCAUCCAGCGUUUCCUCUGGGAACCUCAAGCGUCAGCCAACAAUGAGCAAUACGAAUUCGGCAAGGCCGUCUGUUGCGGCAGCGGCAGGGAGGCACAGCGUCGCGUCAGCGGGCUCUGAUACGUCGAGUUUGGGGUUUGAUAAGGCGGAGAUGAAGAAGGCUGCUCAGGUGAGGCGCCGCGGGCGGAGUGAUUCAGGGCGCUAGCGAAGCGAGCGACUGCGACAAGCGGAGCGAGGCGCAAGGAUGUUUGAAGUAGGCGAGCCAUAGGCGAGCCUUGGUUUGGUCUGGGAGACCGAGCGUUACCGCCUUCCACCAGACCGAACGCCUUCGCGAGCGACAGCGAGCGCGAGGGCCAAAGGGCGCAAUACUCCCCUAACCAGGGCUCUUGGCGAGCCCUCAGCGAGCGUCAGAUCUUUUGCGAGC